AUGUCACGGUGGUGUUUCCUGAUAAUAUUGAGCAUAUUUCUGCUCUGUAAAGGUGAGGACAGUGACUGCGACAACUUCACAGAUCUGGACUUCCACGACUCUUUCAUAGGGACCAAUCUAUUCGUGCGUCUGCUGCUCUACACCCGUGCCAACCUCGAGUGUGGUCAGGAGCUACCACACCACAACUUCACCCAACAACCCCUUUUUAACGUAACCAGACCCACCACCUUUGUCAUCCAUGGGUACCGACCCACUGGGGCACCGCCAAUCUGGAUCAACCACAUCGUACACCUGCUAGCAGCUCAGAAGGACAUGAACAUCCUGGUAGUGGACUGGAACAGAGGAGCAGCAAACCUCAACUACUUAACAGCAGUGGCCAACACACGAGGCACGGCUCUAAACAUCACCGGCUUCAUAGAGAGCAUGGAGAAAGAGGGAGCCUCUCUCGACUCUAUCCACCUGAUUGGUGUGAGCCUUGGUGCACAUGUGGCUGGUUUCAUUGGCGCAAUGUUGGGAGGACGAGUGGGCAGAAUCACAGGUCUGGAUCCAGCAGGGCCAAUGUUUGCCAGUGCUUCCCCUGAGGAACGUCUCGAUCCAACUGAUGCCCAGUUUGUAGAUGUGCUGCACACAGAUAUGAAUUCCUUUGGCCUUAGAGGAACACAUGGCCAUAUUGACUUCUAUGCCAAUGGAGGAUUAGAUCAGCCGGGAUGUCCCAAAACCAUCUUCUCAGGGAAAUCUUAUUUUGUGUGCGAUCACCAGAGGUCAGUGUUUCUGUACCUGUGCUCUCUGAAUCGCACCUGUAGUCUUACGGGAUACCCGUGUUCAUCAUACAGUGACUUCCUCAGCGGCCAGUGUUUGCAGUGUGAGACCUUCAAGCCUGCUUCCUGUCCUGUCCUGGGUUAUGACCUCAGCCAAUGGAGGGACACGCUGUUAAGACUAGGACAAACUAGAGCAUAUUUCUCAACAACAGCAGAACUCCCCUAUAGCAAGACGAGUUACAGAGUGGACUUAGUUACCUGGAACCAGUUCCUACGCUGGGGAGUGGUCAUACUCCGACUGCACAAUGGGAAAAAUGUAACCGAGGCCCACAUAGACAAUAAACUGAUGAGGUUUGAGCAGUAUACAUCCACUCGACUACUGGCACAGUUUGAUGAGGAUCUAUAUCCAAUUCAGAAAAUAUCAUUACGGAUCGUCACUGGAAAUGUUAUCGGACCUCGAUACAAGAUAAGGCUGCUUCGUAUACGGAUCUCUCCACUGGAAAAACCAUACAGGUCGCUAAUGUGUCGAUAUGAUAUUAUUUUAGAGGAGAAUGCUGAGGUGUCCUUCAAACCAUUGCCCUGUCAUUAA